AUGGCAUUCAAAGUCGCAUUAUUGUGCCUGGCAAUCCUCCUCGGCAGCAAUGCCUUCCCACUUGAGAAGGAACAGGACAUGUCCAUCUUCUUCGACUACACCGACGCCAGCGCUCGCAUCGUCGGCGGCAGCAACGUUGACGAUGUUGCUCACCAGGUGGCGCUGACCACCGGCUCCGGGACCCGCAGCUUCUUUUGCGGAGGUUGCCUCAUUUCCAACACACACGUGCUCACCGCCGCCCACUGCAUGAGACCCUUGGGUGGAAACGAGCCUUCCAGGCAAAUGACUGAAUCCAAAUACCACAGUCACACGGUAACGGAUCGCCUCGAUGACGACGGUGAUAUCAAACAUGAGCGUCGGGUGCUCACCCUCCGCGGAUGGUCGGGCACUAACAGCUGGGCGAGUGGCGGUACUCCUAUGGAGUUUAGUAGCGGUCUCAUGCACCCCCUGUACAACUUCAAUACCAUCAAGAACGACAUCGGCAUCUACACCGUCAACACGAAUUUCGCUUUCUCCGUUGCCGUCAAAUUCAUCGCUCUGAAUUGGGAUUUCAUUGGACCUAAUGUUCAGACCAAAGUUACCGGCUGGGGCAGCACCCGGCAAGGAGGUCUUUAUUCUGCCACUCUUAAAGAGCUGCACGCUCCGACUGUUGACGGUGAGCACUGUGUGAACGAAGUCCGCCGAGUAGCCGCGGAGGUCAACAUCAGAGUCCCGCCCGUCGACCCCGCCGUCGAGAUCUGUACCUUCCACUCUCCUGGCCGCGGCACCUGCAAUGGUGAUUCUGGCAGCCCCCUUGUGCGCACUGACCGCAACCAAUUGAUCGGCGUCGUGUCGUGGGGAAUCCCCUGCGCCCGCGGCGCGCCUGACAUGUUCGUGCGUGUCAGUGCCUACAGGACCUGGAUUGAAAAAGCUAUACGUUAA